AAGGUUUUCCGCCGCUUGCUAGUUCUCCCUAGUCACAGCUGCUGUGGCACCAUGCGGGCCCUGGGUUUCCUGCUCUUUUUCCUUGAGGUGCAGCUGGUGGUGCGAUCAAACUCUGAGGAUGCCUGGUGCUACGACUCCCAGGACCCCAAAUGUGGCCCCACCCAUUGGAAAGAACUAGCUCCUGCCUGUGGGGGCCCAACCCAGUCUCCCAUCAACAUUGACCUUCGUCUGGUCCAGCGGAACAGCACACUAGGACCUUUCAUCUUUCGAGGCUACAACUCGGUACCUCCAGGCCCUUGGACUCUAGAGAAUGAUGGCCAUACAGUGCUGCUCCACGUGGAUGCUGGUCUGCAGGACCACCUGGAGAUUCGGGGAGGAGGGCUGCCCUCACCUGCCUACCGGCUGCUGCAGCUGCAUUUCCACUGGGGAGCCUGGAGGCACACAGGCUCCGAGCACAGCCUGAAUGGGCAGCGGCACUCCAUGGAGAUGCACCUGGUCCACAUGAACAUAAAAUACCAGAGCAUGGCAGAAGCACGAAGCCACGCCAAUGGGAUUGCAGUGCUGGCAGUGCUGCUGGAGGAACAGGACCUUGAGAACCCCAACUUCUCUACCAUUGUGGCCAGCCUGACAAACGUGUCUUUACCUGGGGUUUCAAAUCUGACAUCCACCUUCCCACUGGCCUCGUUACUGCCAGGCACCUCUGGACUCUCCAGAUAUUACCGCUACAUGGGGUCCCUGACCACCCCAGGUUGCGAGCCAUCAGUGCUCUGGACAGUCUUUGAGAACACUGUUCCCAUCGGACGCUCCCAGGUAGCCCAGUUCCAGACUGUGCCCCAGACCCAGCUACCAGGUUUGCACCCCAGGCCGCUCACAGAUAAUUUCCGCCCCCAGCAGCCUCUUGGGGGUCGCAGGAUCUGGGCCUCUCCCGGAGCUUCCAUCCGUGGUGCAGCAGGCCCAUCCUCCAACCACACUCAGGGAGGGUUGCACUGGGUUCUGCUGGGCUUGGGGCUCAGCCUGUGGCUCUGGCAUGGCCCCUAGGAUCCAAGCAUGGCAAUAAAGAAGGCUUAGAGUGA